CCCCUUUCUCUUUUCUGUCAGGAUAAAGAGGCAUUACGGGAGCAGCAGAUGAGUAACUUGCUGCUGGUGUCCACGCUGCAGUCUAAACUCGAUGAGGGCAGAUGCCCUGUGCCUCCUGCAGGCAGCUGUCCUGAGGGCCCGGAAGCCCGGCUGGAGGCGGCGCAGAGGGCGCUCCAGCAGCGGGACAGCGAGGUUUUGGACUUAAAAGAACAAUUAGGAAAGAUUAAAGAUGACUUAGUAAGUAAGAGCAACGAAGUGCUGCAUCUGAACUUGAAAUUAGACGCAGAGAGCAGCCAUGCUGCCGUCAGAGUGCGGGAACUUCAAGAACUUCAAGAGGAGAACGCCAGCUUGAAGGAGUUUCUGCAAAACAAAGAAAAAGAGAUCAUGUGUGUGAGCGAACAGCUCAAGGCGCAGCUGGCUGGGAUGGAAGGUGGCGCUCUCAGCGAGGUCCCGUGUGACCGAAGCUCAGAGAUCGAGGAGCUGAGAUCCAUCAUUGAGAACUUGCGAGACAACCAGCAACGCCUGCAGAGAGAGAAGGCAGAGGAGGUGGAGCAGCUCCACGAAGUCAUCGAGAGGCUGCAGAGAGAGCUCUCGCGCGGGGGGCCCGCGGUGCACGGGGCCGAGAUCCACGCCUUCAGAGCUGCCCUGCAGGCAAAGGAGGCCAAGGUCGCAGAAAGGGACUUAGCGAGUGACGCUCUGAAGCAGCAGGAAUUGGCCCACUCUGCUGAGCUGGAGACCAUCGUGAUGGCCUUCUCCCACUUCUGCCUCGUCCUGGCCGCUGAGCAUGAGCCCCCGGAGCUGCAGGGGCUCCGAGCGCAGUGUGUCCGCCUCAGCGGCCAGCUGCAGAGUGCAGUGAAUGGUGAUCUGCAGCCUGCCGAAGCCCCGGUGUCGUUAAACCACCCGGGUCUGCACAAACAAGACAGCGUGAUGGAGUCUGAGCUGCUCUUGGUGAAGAACGAGAUGCCCUUGAGAAUGGAGGACCAUGGCAAAGGGCCAGGAAGGAUGAAGAAUAAGGAAAAACUACUGGAAGAUUGUCAGCUGUGGAAAGUUGGUCUCAUAAGUCAGGUGAAAGAGCUUCAAGAAAAGUUGAACCGUCUGGUGUAUUCUGUGAACUUCCAGAACAUCGAGACAGAGGAUUUCAAACAUCAGCAGCUGGUGGCAUCUACACAUGCUUUAGAAAAUAGUUCGAGUGAUAGUUCUAGUCACAGUGAAGGAACUGGCAAAUCGCCUCUUGUGGAUGCGUUUCAUAGCGACAAAACCACGUGUGAUCUAAUUGACCUUAGUGGAAGUCAGGAUCCACUGAUAAAAAAUGAAAUGUCAAAUGUUGCCAUGGAAGAUGAGGUUGACUUGCAGGACGGAUCACUUUGUUUACAAGCAGGCUUCCACGCUGGCUGCCAUGACCUAACCCAUACGGAGGGGCCUGGGCCCUUGAAGAACACACUCAGGGCAGUGGAUCUGUCCUCCUGGAGCUCCCCGGAGGUUGUCAGGAAGGACUCAACUCUUGAGCCUGUGCCCAGCCUGCCCCUGACACCAUGCUCAGACGCCCUGAGCUUGGACGCCUCCCUGCAGGACAGGACCAGUGCCUUGGUCCAGGCUGACCAUUUGGAGCUGCUUUGGUCCCUGGGCGGCUCAGCAACAGGAAAGGCCUCCAGGUGGGCAGAGUCUCCAUUGGCUGCAGACAGAGCUCCCUCCGCUGACCAACAUGUGCAGCGGACGGCUGUGGAGAAAGAUGUUGAAGACUUUAUCGUAACAUCUCUUGAUGCUCAAGAAAAGCCCAGAUCCUCUCCUCUCGGGUUUGAAGGAAAGAACAAUGGAAGUGAAAACAGUGAUGGCUCUGGGUUUGGAAAGAUACUAAACCAAGGUUUGGGAAGACUCGAAACCCCCACUGCUAGUCCUCCAGUGCCGCCUCCCACCUCUGGAAGGUUCCGACGGCCACUGGAAGCUAUGAAGGAGAAGGAAGUGCAUCCGAAACAAGUGAAGGUGAGGGUGUGCAGUGGCCAUGUGCCUCUGUCUGCAGCUGCUGUGGCUGCUGGGAGGGCGGUGCCGCUGCCCGCCGAGGUGCGGGAGAGCCUGGCCGAGCUGGAGCUGGAGCUGUCGGAAGGCCGCCAGCCUUGGGGUUCCCGGCGGGUCACCGAGCCCUGCGCUUUGACUGGGUGGUUUGGCCUCAAGCAC